CGUUGUUCCGAUUGCAUCGAUUUGCAAGCAGCGCUUAUAUUGCAGCACAUCAUCAAGGAAACCGUUGGUGUUGGAAAGAACGGCCGUUUUGUGAGGAAAUAAUCGAUCCGUUUGGGAUCACGCCAGGUCAUCAAGAUGACUGCUAUACCCGGAACAGUGGCGUUUGACGAGUAUGGCCGGCCCUUCAUUAUUAUCCGUAAUCAGGAGAAACAGCAACGCCUUACCGGUCAUGAUGCGAUCAAGUCACACAUUCUGGCAGCACGCAAUGUUGCUAACAUCCUUAGAACAUCCUUAGGACCCAAGGGACUGGAUAAGUUGAUGGUAAAUUCAGAUGGAGAUGUUACUGUAACUAAUGAUGGUGCAACAAUUUUGAAAAAUAUGGAUGUAGAACAUGAAAUUGCCAAGUUGAUGGUCCAAUUGUCAAACUCUCAAGAUGAUGAGAUUGGCGAUGGCACUACUGGAGUAGUUGUAUUAGCCGGUGCACUUCUAGAACAAGCUGAACAGUUGCUAGACAAGGGAAUUCAUCCGAUCAGAAUCGCUGAUGGUUUUGAAUUUGCAGCUAAAUGUUCGACUGAGCAUCUCAAGACAAUAACAGAAGAUUUCAAGGGAACUCCAGAGAAUUUGGAGCCUUACAUUGACAUAGCUAUGACCUCAUUAGGUUCAAAAAUCAUUAACAAGCAUCAUAGACAGAUGGCAGAAAUAGCUGUUCAAGCUGUAUUGGCAGUUAUGGAUCCUGUUACUCGCGAUGUUAAUUUUGAGCUAAUCAAAAUAGAAGGAAAAGUCGGUGGUAGAUUGGAAGAUACUGUUUUAGUACGUGGAGUGGUUGUCGACAAGGACUUUAGUCAUCCACAAAUGCCUAAAAGGUUAGAAGAUGUCAAAUUAGCCAUCUUGACUUGUCCAUUUGAACCACCAAAACCCAAAACAAAACAUAAGUUGGAUGUCACAUCAGUCGACGAUUAUAGAGCCUUGCGCGAUUACGAGCGUGAAAAGUUUACGGAAAUGGUGAAGCAGGUUAAAGAUGCUGGUACGACCCUGGCUAUUUGUCAAUGGGGCUUUGACGAUGAAGCCAACCAUCUCCUGUUGCAAAAUAAUUUGCCUGCGGUUAGAUGGGUUGGCGGUCCAGAGAUUGAACUAAUUGCCAUUGCAACCGGUGGACGCAUUGUACCUCGCUUCGAGGAAUUGACACCAGAAAAACUUGGCCAUGCUGGUGUUGUCAGAGAAUUAACAUUUGGCACAACAAAGGAUCGAAUGCUAGUCAUCGAAGAAUGCAAGAAUUCUCGCGCUGUGACGAUCUUCAUUCGCGGCGGCAACAAAAUGAUUAUCGAAGAAGCGAAACGAUCAUUACAUGAUGCAUUGUGCACUGUACGCAAUGUAGUAAAAGACAGCAGGAUUCUUUACGGUGGAGGCGCGGCAGAAAUAUCUUGCGCACUGGCAUGCAUGGCACAAGCUGAUAAAAUUGGCACUUUUGAACAAUAUGCCUUCCGUGCUUUUGCUGAAGCUUUGGAGAGCGUUCCAAUGGCGCUUGCGGAAAAUUCAGGCCUUUCUCCAGUAGAUACUAUAGCGGAGAUUAAAGCGCGUCAAUUAUCUGACAACAAUCCCGCUCUUGGAAUCGAUUGUUUAAAUCGAGGCACACCGAAUAUGAAGAAACAGAAUGUCAUCGAAACACUGACGAGCAAGACACAACAAAUUUUGUUGGCUACGCAGCUCGUGAAGAUGAUACUGAAAAUUGACGAUGUACGCUCGCCACAUGACAACGGUGAAACCUAAAAAUUUUGUUUGUAUUUAAAGUAUUUGAUUAUGUUUUACUAAUUAAAUACUUUGUUCUACUCGCUGUCGUGUGCUGUAUUAAUUUUUACAUUUAUAAUAAUGAUUCAAAGCUUCAAUUGAAUUAAAAAUUAUAGUAAGGUGACCUGAAAUAAUUUUCAAUUCAUUAUUUUUUACUUGUAUACCAAUGUGGUAAUACAAUUAUUGAGCGAUACCCAAUUUACAGGCACUUGUAUAUUUCCUCCUAUAUUUCCUAUAUUUACUCUUGCAUACUGUACAUUAGAAUUUUUCACAAUACGGUUAUUGAAUCAAGAAAUAAUGCGAUUGAUGAUAUUUAUUGAUUUUAAUUUCUCUAUGGAUUUCUGAUCUCUUAAAUCAUAAUAUGUAGUAUGAUUUAUAUUGCCUUAAUGUUGUCUAUUUUUUUAAUAUUCUUUCUUUUUAAUAUUCUAUCACAGUAAAUAUAAUAUUCUUCUCUUAUAUUCUAUAUAUGAGGUGACAGGACCGGAAAUCGAACCCGGGUCUUUUAAAUUGAACAAGCGAUUGCUUUACCAUUGAGCUAUCCAGCACCUCGACUUUAUUUUUAAUAUUUUCACUGUAGGAACAAAUAAAUAUGUCACAUCGAGUCAAGGUGUAAGUGUGUAAAUAUAUUCUGUCUAUAACAUCUUCAGGGAAGGGUUAUUUUCUCGCUUUUCAGAGAUUAUUUUGUGGAAUGUGUUUGUAAUGCGCGAAA